AUUGGGGCGCUGGUGGGGGGAGAGGCCGAUGAAACGACAGGAUCGGAAUCUAAACCGGUACCGGCUUUUGGAGCUGGAAAUGCCUGCCUGCGGAGCCGACCCGGUUCCAGCGAACGGGACAGCCGGGUCCGAGUGUUCAGAUCAUCCCUGGUAGAGAGAUUAGGACCGUACGAGCCGGUCGUGACCUACCUCCAGUCGGUGCUGGUGUGGGAAAAGCCCAUCCACAGCGUGUUGCUGUACUUGAUAAGCAGCGCUAUAUUCUGGUUUUUUGCCCUGACGUCUCUGCGGUUGGUUUUUCUGCUGUCCUUUGGCCUGACUAUCAUAGUGUGCGUAGACACAUGGAAAAACAGAAUUUGGCCGGAAAUCCGAGUUAAACAGCCAGAUGAAUAUGACAAUGAAAGCUGGGGCCUUGUACACCCAAGACUGCUCAGCGUGCCAGAGCUUUGUCACCACAUGGCGGAGAUAUGGGUCAGUGGAGCGUCUUUUGCACGAAACCUGGCGCAUUUCAAACAACAUAAUCCUGGCAAGUUUUGUCUUUUAGUCUGUGGAUUCUUUACGUUCUUGGCAGGGCUGGGCCGCUAUAUUCCAGGGUUUCUGCUUUCCUACUUGAUAUUGCUGUCAGUUCUGCUGUGCCCUCUGGCUGUGUAUCACAGUCUGGGCCAGCGAAUCCGUAACUGGCUGGAGCCUGCCCUUCUACGGCUGGAUUUCAGCGUCCGCGGGUACAUGAUGUCGAAGCAGAAAGAAAGGCAAAUGUGUCGUAAACCAUUCAGUCAAGGGCCUUUGGCAGAUGGAAGUGACAGUGAAGAGGAACUGGCUGCUUUUUGUCCUAAGGUAAAAAAAAGAAAUGCUUGAAAUAAAAAAUAAAGAUCUUGAGCCAACUUGUUUUAUUGAUACAUUUGCCUCGAGGCAGCCCUCCUUCUGCAGCUGAACAG